AUGAACGAGUGGUUCUGUGCGCUCAUCGACUUCUACUUGAACUUGCCGCUUUCUCAGAAAUUGAUCGAAAUCAACGACCAGAACUCCGAUGGAAACGGUCCCACGCAUGUCGCGGAGAUUUUGGAAUAUACUGCAGAGCUUAGGCUUUUGAGACGGACAGUUCUCGGGAAAUUGGCUGUGGCUUUGGGUUACGAGUUGCCUGAAGCAGGAUUUUUCCUCGAAGACGUUUCUUUGGAUGAUUCGGAAAAGACCAGCAAAGGCGAACAAAUUCUGUUCACGUAUCUGCCAUUGAGCAACGAACUCAGCAGCCAAGAGUCGUACGAGAAAAGCUUUGAGACUUUAACCGUCUCGGCCAUUCAGGACUUUGCUUCCUGCGACAGAAUCAAAACCAUCGAUCUCUUGAGUGUUGAUUUGGCCAUUUUGCAUUACAGAAGAAAAGAGUACAGCGAAGCCUUUGACGUACUCCUGUCGCUGUACGAUUAUUUCAUCCAGCAUGGAUGGAGUUUUAUGGGCGGCGUUUUGCUAGAGGUGUAUGUCGAGUGUCUCGAAAAGUUGGAUAUGGCCAACUAUACAGAGCUUUUACGAACCAACUUGAAACUCUUCGCCACGUUGAAGUCUGGCGGAGCCUCUGUCCCGGGCAUCAACAAUUACAAUUUGGUGAAGAACGAGAACCAGCGUCGCCGAUUGUUUGACAAGAUUUGCGACAUUUCGUCUAAACUCGAUAAGCCUUUCGUGUUUCCCAUGGAGGAGCUUUUGGGGUUGCAUGUCAGUCCUUAUAUCGAAGCAGAUCCGGACGAAAAAGACUCGUAUUCUGUGGUUAUCAAGGUUGAAAAUGAUUUUGCCGUGGAAAUGAAGAUUGGAGAAAUCGAGCUUCAGUUAGAAGAAAUGGAAACCGGGAAGACGCUCGCAUUCUAUGCUGAAAAUGUUACACUAAAAAGUGUCCAGCAACAUGAGAUUUUAGUCACGUCUAAAGUUUUCCGUCAAGGCGUGUUUAAACUAGUGGGUGUGGUUUUCAAAGUGACGGAAACGCUUCAUUUUGUCCAUGGUGCGAUAGAUAAAAGUGAAUCAGAGGCCAAUGAGACAGUUGUUCGUCAUGGAAUAGAAGAACCGCAACUCGAAAACACAUCGCAGCUCCAAAAACACAAUCAACCAUUUAUCAUGUUCUCCGACCCGCGGAAGUUUAGAGUGGUGAUAUCUAAGCCUUCUCGGAUCGAAAUGGGCAACUCGUCGUUUGUUCUCUCAUUGGAAAAUGGAAGAGCAGAAAUCGAAAAUAUCCAUGUGGCCAUUUCCAACAUUACCCCAGGACUCAAUAUUGAGCCAGCUUCUCAGAGUCUCAGUAUUGAGAAAUUGUCCCCACAAGAAUCUUGGUCACAACAGGUUCCUUUCACAUAUUACGGAGACACCAAACUUCUUACGUUGAAUGUGGAUGUCGAGUACGUUUCUGGCGAAGAAAAAUUCGAGUUCCACACCACACUCAGCCACGAUAUAAACUUGGAUUUGGCCAUUUCUGUCCAAGAUAUUUUCCGUCUCCAUUCGCUCUAUUCGAAGUUUCAAAUUGCAAGGGCCAAUGGAGGGAACUUGGUUCGAGUACUUGACUGUUCUUUCGAAAGCCCCGAUGGAAAGUACGAGAUUUCCUCUCCUGAGCAGAAAUUCGAGCCUUUACUCGUUUUUGGUGAGCAGCCAGCAUAUAUGUUUUACCGUGUUCGGCCCAAGGGAGACAUGGCACCUUCAGACACACUAGACUUGACAAUCACGUAUUCUGAUUUGCACCAAGAGUGUGAGAGGGCGCUUUUCGAGAAAUUGAGAAUGGAACUUUGCGAGGCAAAACUCGAGCAGUAUUUGCACGUUAUCCAAAGCGAGCUUGGGCCCUUGGACUUUGACUUAAACCACUACGCCUUCCACGAUACGGUGAUUUUGAAGAACGCGAGUUCCUGUUCGAAAAAGGCAGACGCUGGCCUUUCUGCCGUUGUGAGAGAAAGUUCAAACAGAGAAGUUUUGCAAGAAAUCUUAGCAAAAUUGGCCACAAACAUCCCGGGCAGCCCAGAGCGGUUUUCCCGCAAACACCAGCUUUACAUUUCUGUGGCUGUUCCUUUUCUCAGCAUGCUCCACCAGGUGGAAUUUCAGUUUGAGCGGAAACUGCAAUAUUUUGUGGGAGAGCCCAUUGAAGCCCGACUUUGCAUUGACUCGUCGCCCAAAUGGAAGAGCACCGAUGUGCCGUCUCCGAUAUUGGCGUCGUCGUCGCCCGUGGCCAAGAAAACCCCAGCCUCGAGAAACUUCCAUUUUUCUGUUGUGCAAGAGGAAAAUUGGAUCAUCUCGGGAUUCAAAAAACAAAGCUUCGAGAUUGACGAAUCUGGAGGCCACCGCGAGUUUUCCAUCACGUUGAUACCUUUGAAUGUUGGCCAUCUUCAGCUUCCGAAAGUAUUUAUCAGGCCGAAUUCGGCGCAAGAGCAAAGCAUGGAUGUGGUGAACGAAAACGCGCUUGAGACAGUUUUGGUUGUUCCAGAACUAGAUAGCAUAACUUUUUCCUUUUAG